AUGAACAACAACUUUUCCAACAACGUAAAUUAGCCCACUUAAUAAUAAUACCUUAAUAUCUAGUCUUUUGAAACACAAGGAUAAUAAAUUUAGAAAAAUAAUUACUUUGAAUAGUAGGAUAAACUUAAUGAUUUAUCAAUCAGAACUAACUUUCUCAAGAAAGUGUUUGCAAUUUUACUGAUUGAAUUCUUCAUUACUUAUGUAAUGUUUAUGUUAGUGGUCUUUACAUAUUUAUUUGAUUUGUUUUACUUGAUCGCCUACAUCUGUGUAUCUGACUACGAAGAUGGUCAAAAAGUUGAAACCUGCGGCUAUUAUUACGGGCCAACUUGGGUGUUCUAUUUUUUUCUAAGUUCUUCGAUGACUUUGUAAUUUACACAUUACUUUGGACAACAAAGUGGAAGAUAAAUUAUGCAUCCAUACUUGUUUUUUUUCUUAUAUUAAUUGAUCUAUGGAUUUACGUUUGCAAUAAUAUGGGCGAUUAUGGGUAUUCAUAUCAAUUUUAUGGGUAUUCAUAUUUAUUUUAUGUUCAUUUGUAUGACUUGGGGAACUAUUGGUCUUAUUAUAUUUGGAUUGAUGUGUUAUGUUAUUUUGAAAGAGAAAGAUCUUUCUUUCUAAAUUGGCGCAGUUAUUGUGUUUUUCAUCACCUUGUUGGCUUUUAUCUUUUUUGUCAUACUCGACUCUUCUUUUGCAUUGCAAUACUUGUUAUGUGCAUUUAUCAGUAUCAUCUACGGAUUAUAUUUAAUUUUGGAGUUAAGAUUAAUGAUAGAAUAAGAUGUAAAAAUAAUUAUUUUCCUUUAAGAGUUUAAAAUUGUAAAUUGA